UUGAGGUGCGUGGCAUUCUGGGAAAUAAACAGUGGUACGUUAGCAGCAGCAGCAGUGUCGGAGUGCGUCUUGUGUGUGGUGGUGGGGUUCAGUCCUGACUACUGGAAAUGUUUGUUUAACCAGCACAUGCCACUGAGUGGGUUUAUUUGUGUGUUCACACAGUGACAGGGGGAAAGUGCUCUUACCCGCUCAGGCGGAAUGAUGGAGCACAGCAGCAGGACUUUGUACCCGAGCGCGAGCGCUGCAGCGCAGUGAUUUUUUAUUUUUUUUUUGCUGAAAGUUGGACAUUUGCUCUGAUAUUUUUCGUCUUUAAUUAAACCGCAGCAUGUUGGAUUAAACUCUGGGCUCUGGUUCUAGCAGAUAUCGGAGUUUGCACGCCGAUCCUGUGUGUUGUUUUUAAUGUAAACAUGGUGGACGUGGUGGAGGCAGAAGGCGCGCGCGGCGGCGGGGUGUCGCGUUCACGUUAACGUUAUGGCGUUUAUUACCGACCCGCAGCCACAGUCCCUGACGUGGGAAUGACUCUAAAGCGGCGGAUGUGCUGGACACUGACGAGUCUCAUUAGAUUUUCUCACCACAAACUGCUGACCAGGAGCAGGUCGUGCUGUGGUUCACGACGCCUUGCACGACGACUGCGUUGAUUAGUAGUAGUGUUAGUGUUAUCGUUUAUUUCUGAGUAGAAGCCGCGCUGAAGGUUGACUUUUCUGAGCACUGCGAUCAUGUGGAGUCUAGCCACGGCAGCGCUGCAGCUUCUGCUCAAAUCGGUGAAGCACGCCGCGGGGAAAGGACACAUGCAGCUGAACCGGUGGCUGCAGCGGCCGCCGGACUCCGUGGACUGCGAGAAGAUGGAGCUGCUGAUGUGCAGCGCGGGCAGGGCGGACAUGGAGCCGGGGGGCACCGGAGAGCCCGUGCCGCCCUUCACUUCAGCAGACUUGAGGAAUCCGUGCUGCAUCGCGACCUGUUGCUUCAAGAGCGCGCUGCUGGCGUGCGUCCUGACCGCCGCGUGCUUCUUCUCGGUCACGCUCGUGCGCCGGUACCUGAAGGACGCGCUGCUCUGGGUGGAGAGCUUGGACGGCCUCAUGGGCGCGAUGCUGUUCAUCGUGUGCCUCAUCACAGUGUCGUUCCCCUGCGGCUGGGGCUACAUGGUCCUGAACGUGGCCGCGGGUUACCUGUACGGCUUCGUGCCCGGAGUGGGCCUGGUGAUGGUGGGAGUGCUGAUCGGUACCUCGGUGGCGCAUGUGGCGUGCAGGCGGCUGCUCUCCGGCUGGGUGAUGAACCGCGUGGGGAACAACGAGCAGCUCAGCGCCGUCAUCCGGGUGGUGGAGGGAGGCAGCGGGCUCAAGGUGGUGGCGCUGGCCAGACUAACCCCCAUCCCAUUCGGCCUCCAGAAUGCUGUGUUUUCGAUCACAGACGUGUCCUUGCCAGACUACCUAGUGGCUUCAUCAGUGGGCCUGCUACCCACUCAGCUCCUCAACUCCUACCUGGGCACCACACUGCGCACCAUAGAGGACGUUAUAGCCGAGCAGAGCAUCAGCGGAUACUUUGUGUUCAGUCUACAAAUCUUUAUCAGCAUAGGGCUGAUGUUUUACGUCGUGCACCGAGCGCAGGUGGAGCUGAACGCCGCCAUCGCCGCAUGCCAAAUGGAGAUGAAAACAUCACAUAUGAACGGCAACAUGUCAAACCACGGCAGCUCCACAUACUGCAGCAAGCGGACCUCGGCGUGCGGGGGGAUUAACAUCGUCUGACACUUAACAGUGACGUUUAUGCUGGUUUGAAGUGUAUUAACACGCCCUUUUUACAGUGGCGCGGUACUGACGGAAGACGAUCAGGCUAAAGAUGGCGUCUGAGGCCAGAGGUAUGCCUGUUCAGGUUCAGUGCUGGUGUGUGAUCUGAGAAGACAGCGCUGGUUUUGGAAAUUCUCUCCGAAGUGCUACAGGAGGCCAGUAUUUUGUACUGCAAGACAAAGUUUGAAUAGAGCCUAAUAGUUUCUUUUGGGACUUUUUGUUUUGAAACGAUUAUUUUUUUAUAGAGUAUGGAUUUAAAUUAGAAUUUUUAUAUAUCUAGAGCAGGUGUCGAGCAUGUGAUUUAGAGAGAACACUACAGUAUUGUGCAGUAAAGAGACAGCUGCUGAUGUAAAUGCUAUAUAUUGUCAUAUGCUUUUAGUAAUACAUUUUACAUUUGCUUUUGGUACUUUUCCAGAUCAUAAUGUUUGUUGUUAUUAUUAUUAUUAUUAUUAUUAUUAUUAUUAGAGAAGACAUACCACCUGGCUAGAAAACGGUUGCUUUAUGCCAAACCGGGAUCACAUUUGCAGUUCUUCACUUCUGCUAGGAACAGAUGGAAAGGAAGGCAAAUUUCCCAGCAGGGUAUUUAACAGUGUCCUGCCAAGAUCCGCCAAGUGCAGCGUGAUGAAACAGAACAGCAGGAUCUUAUCCGUGUUCAGUCUCUCAUAAUGUUGCUUGGACAGGAUGGUGGGCCUUUCUUUAUCUUAUUUAACCAAAUGUGUUAUAGGGCUGCUGUAAACCCGUUUUUAUCAAGUUUGCCUUUUAAUUUGGAACUGAUUUCCAUUACAUUAUUUAUCGUGUGCAAUACGUGUGUUAGGCUGUCACUGUUAAUAUUUCAGGUAAAUUAUAAACAUCAAAAAAGGGAAGGAAAAUUAGUAUUCACAUAUUUUGCUUAUUUAAGUUGGAUGGUUAAUUAAUAUUAUUAUUAAAAUUACUAUAAUCAAUUCAUGGGAUUAAAUAUUAGAAAUGCAGAAAUUAUUUAUUGGUGAGGUUAAGUGGCACUUUAAACCUAACCCUGCGUUCACACUCGCAAGUGACAAAGCAGCAGGCAUCCAUUCAUUUACUACGUACAUUCGCAAUACGAAGCCAUGAUUUCAGCGACAAGCGACAUUUUAUUAGGAUUUUCACAAUUCUUCUCAAAUGAUUUGGUACAGCAACAAAUUCGAACAAUUGGCUCGAAUGAUUCCUCAGACCAAUCCUAUGGUGUGUGUGGUCUGACAUUUCUUCAGUUCCCCCACUCACAACUUUAGCUUUAGCAGUUAGUUCCUGUUAACUGUUUGGCUCACAAAAAUUAGAAGUGUGGUUUCAUCUUAUCCUGUCACAUAUGGCCUCUCAUUAAAUGUGUAUAGAGACAUGACAUGAAGGAACAGAGGUCAGUGAUGAUAAUGAGUUCAGUGAUGUAUAACUCGUAUAGCAGGAUGUCGGCUAUACUUUUUGGCUGCUCUCUUUCUCAUCAGACAUAAACACUGGACAGUACACACCUACAAACAACAACAGUAGUGUUUGCUUCACACACACAAGAGACAAACUACAAGCGAUACAAGUGACUUGUCAUUUGCUAAUGUGAACAUAGGGUUAAUUAUAAUUUUGUUCAUGAAUAUAUCAGUGAAACGUUUGCACAAAUCUUCCACAGUAUCCACUCUUCUCCCCAAGACCACCACGAACGAGUGGCUAACCUUAUCAAAACUGUUGCCUAUAAGUUGCCCGGCCAUGGAAGAAGACUUGUAGAUUUUUUUAGAUAUAAAUGCCUCCAGAAUGUUCCCUGACUUAAUCUGAGCUGUUUAAACUAGCCCUCGGUUUUGUCUUAAUGAGCUGAGUGCUCUGAGCACGGUGUUUCUCCUACCCCAGAGAUCUCCUGGGUCGAUUAGUCCUUGGAGUCUAUAUUCCCACAACACGAACAACCAAGAGGCUGUUAUUUUCCUGUGGAAACACACGAAUCAGUUUGAGAUUAGACACAGUCUCGGUGUUCAGGGAAAAGAUUUAUGUACUAGUGCCCUGGUUUGACGAAGACUUUGUUUUUUUUUUUUUGUUUUUUUUUUUUUUUAUAUAAACCUUUUGCAGUCUUUCAAUGUCACUAAUUCCUAGCAUCAACACUAUUACAUGGCAGUUCCUUUAGUUGGAAUGCCUUUCUCUUUUUCCGUCUUCUGAUGACCUUGAAAGCCAUAUGACCAGCGGCAAGCCACUAAUGAAUGAUUUUAAAGUUAGAAAGAAAAAAAAAAACGAGUAUGACUUAGCUUACCUUUAAAAUGUUUAUGCAACAGAGAUGAGUAGGUUUAAGUUCUGUAUAUUUGUAUAUACACAGGGAUGGACAAAUCAUAAAUUCAUUAGCAGUCCACUGAGCAAGUUUUGGUUGUCCGGAAACCUGACUAGGCUAACGUAAUGUAUGCUAAUAACAUAUUUCAUGCUAGUUAAUUAGUAAAGGGCAUAAAUAAAGACUAAGCGAGACAAACAAGUAUAUGAUACUUUUCCUUAUAUAAGAACGUUUUAAUGUAGCACACUGUGUUUGUGCUCUCGGAAAGUCAUUGGCGAACGUUUGGUUCUGUCCUCACACCACAGGUAAAAAUAUUGUCCGAGUCUGACCAGCGUCUUUCUUUCUCUCGACAUGUUCAUAUACAACAGCUUUGCACUGGGCUUCACUGUUUCCAUAUGCAUGUUCUGAAAAGAUUAUUCUACUGACAACCACAUCGCUCUCCUCAGGAGAUGUGUGUAGUGCUGCAGGCGGUGGGAUUCGUAACGAUUAGCUCGAUUAUAGUUACAGUAACGAGGUGCGUCACAUCACAAUAAGCCGCAUUAUGUUUACAUAAACACACACAUCAUAUGAAACGGCAUGCAACUACGAAUUAAAAGUAAUAUCGCGGCGGCAAAAUCUGCUUGUCCAAGGCACCCAGGUUACUGAUUUGUCCACCCCUGAAAAGCUUUUAACUAUUAUCUGCUAUAACUGUUGUUCAUUUGUUACAAUACAAGAUUUUUUUUUUUUUUUUUUUUAACUUGGCCUUUAGUUUUUGACUUUUUAGUAUUCACCUACUACGUAUCUGGAAUCAUCCAUAAUUUUGUCGACUCUACUUCUAACCUGACAGUCGACAGGUGUGUGAAAGGUUAGUCAUUUUGAAAUCCAUGCCACAUUACUUGUCCAUUUUUUUUGACAUCCUAAUUCCAAUGUUGUUGCUGCUGCUUAGACCCCAGGGUCUGAGUGAAAUGCUGAUAAGGGCUCGAAUAUUUACACAUCAACUUCUACACUUAUCUUUACAGGCUCAUAUUAAUAUAAAUGGCUAUAAAUUAGCCUAUGAACUUUUAUAACAGUUUGGUACAUCAGUUUUCACACUUGCAUGUUGUAUGAAAUGGCACACAAAAACGGACAUUCCUUGCUGAUAUUUCUGUCCAGAUCAGUUUGAAGUAGGAAUGUCCCCUCCAUAAAUUUAGCAAUAACUGGAAACAGAAAUGUCCUUGAGUUAGGUAGAGAAAUGCAACAUUCCUGGUCUUGUGUUAUGAUGUCAGCCUGCCUUGUACCUCUUGCUGCCUAUGACAGGACAUGACACUAGCCUGUGGCAUGAUCAUACACCAAGUUCAUGGAAAUGAAUAUUAAAAAAAAAAAGAUAUAAGAUGUCGAAUGCAAAAAAAGGAAAAGAAAUUACAAACUAUUUAAUGGGUAAAUGGGUUUUACACAUAGUAUUUUUUUUUGUUGUUGUUUAAUCGAUAUUUCUGACAUAAUUAUGCAACAGAGGAACUCUAUAAAUCUGACAUGGGGAUGAAAUGACAUGGUUCUUGGCGAGGAUUUAUCUGAGAUUGCACACACAGCUACAGCACAUCAGAAACCCAGUGCACAUGUGAUUUCAGAUAAAUACAAAUCAGGGACCGUUACGAAACCUCUGCCCCAUGAAUCAAGUGCAUUUAUCAAUUCCGCUGUAUUUUGUAAUACAGAUUCUUACAGUGUGUAAACAGAUAUUUAUCGCUGUACCACGCUUGUUCUGUGUUUAUUUAUGAAAUAAAAAGGUCUGAUAUAACUCA